CCACCAAUUCAACACGGAGAGUGAAAGCAAGGGAGAGAGAACGAGAGAAAGACAGAAAGAGAGAGUUUAAGCGAACAGAAAAAAACAGCUUUCUUUUCUGCUCCUAACCUCCUUCCGAAAAAAAUCCUGCCUCUUUUUCCCUUCUUUCUUUCCCUUAAUUUUUCUCUUUUUUUUAAUUUCUAUUCUACGGAUGCAAAGUGGUUUCUUUUUCUAUUUUUUCUUUCUUUCUUUUUUUUUUAUAACGCCGUCCCUUUUCCAGGCGUCUUGAAAUAUUUAUGAGAAAUUUAUUUUUAUCCAUCCCAAAUAUUCCUGAUUAUCUGUUUUUGGCCUCAGUCUUUUAAUAAUUUUUUUGGAUUAUUUUAUUAUUUCAGUGGUUAUUCCUCAUAUAUUUUUUUUAUAGUUCCGUAUCGCAUUAUUGUUAAACCUUAAAAUUCAGGAAAGGGAUUAAUUAGUUUCCAACUAAUAUUAAAAUUGCCCCCUCCUAUGUUUAAUUUUAUCUAUUAUUUGUUAUUCCAUUCUUUCAUUUCUGUAUCUGUCCAUCAGUUCUUGCCUCUUUUUCUCUCUUUUUCUCUCAAUAAUUCUGCUCAUCUUGGAAUUGGUGCAGUUUUAAGUUUCUUCGGCCGUUCGUUAUGACACUAAGAGAUGGAUGAAUUUCACCCCUUUAUUGAAGCUUUGCUACCGCAUGUCCGUGCCUUCUCGUACACAUGGUUCAACCUUCAGGCAAGAAAGCGCAAAUAUUUUAAGAAGCACGAGAAACGGAUGUCAAAGGAUGAAGAAAGGGCAGUGAAGGAUGAAUUAUUGGGGGAGAAGCCUGAGAUCAAGCAGAAGUGGGCGUCUCGACUCUUGGCCAAACUGAGGAAGGACAUCCGGCCUGAGUUCCGUGAGGACUUUGUCCUGACCAUCACUGGGAAGAAGCAACCAUGUUGUGUUCUCUCCAAUCCAGAUCAGAAGGGAAAAAUCAGAAGGAUCGACUGUUUGCGCCAAGCCGACAAAGUGUGGCGGUUGGACCUGGUGAUGGUCAUCCUGUUUAAGGGGAUCCCGCUGGAGAGCACAGAUGGAGAACGUCUCUAUAAAUCCCCCCAGUGUUCUAACCCUGGGCUAUGUGUCCAGCCACAUCACAUUGGGGUAUCCAUCAAGGAACUGGACCUCUACUUGGCCUUUUUCGUCCACACACCUGAUUCCAGUCAAUCUGAUAACUCAAACCAGCAGACUGAGGUGGAUAUAAAACCCCCUCCAAAUGGUCACCUGUCCUUCCAGGACUGCUUCGUAACGUCGGGAGUUUGGAAUGUCACUGAGCUUGUACGAGUGUCCCAGACUCCUGUUGCCACAGCAUCUGGCCCCAAUUUUUCAUUGGCGGAUCUUGAAAGCCCAAGCUAUUACAAUAUAAACCAGGUGACACUUGGCAGAAGGUCCUUAACGUCUCCUCCAUCCAGCAGCUCCACUAAGCGUCCCAAGUCAUUGGAUGACAGUGAGAUGGAAAGUCCAGUGGACGAUGUCUUUUACCCUGGCACAGGGAGGUCACCUGCAGCCGGGGGCAGCCAGGGCAGUGUGUGGACAAAUGACGUGGAUACAGGACCUGGGUCUCUUAAGAAAUCAGGCAAACUGGAUUUUUGCAGUGCUCUGUCCUCCCAGACCAGCUCUUCCCGCAUGGCCUUUACCCACCACCCCCUUCCUGUCUUGGCAGGAGUGAGACCAGGGAGUCCUCGUGCAUCAGCGUCUGCUCUUCACUUCCCCUCCACGUCCAUCAUCCAGCAGUCCAGUCCUUACUUCACUCACCCCACUAUUCGUUACCAUCAUCACCAUCAUAGCCAGGACUCUCUCAAAGAGUUUGUUCAAUUUGUCUGCUCAGACACCUCCGGGCAGGGGGCAGGACAGCCCAGCAGCGGGGCCCAGGGGAAAAUGUCGGGUUCCUUUUUGCUGCCACCCCCCGCGCCCGUGGCCAGGCCUGUCCCCCUUCCCCUGCCAGACACAAAACCUGUCACCAGCAACAACUCUGUCCCAGAAGGAGGACUAUCUGCUCCAGCAUCACCCUCAUUCUCAGCGCCUCCCCCCGCCGGGUCCAACAGGUUUGUCACAAUUGGAUCACGAGACAGCAACUUUCUGAAUCUCCCCCAGCAGUCUCAAUCCUGGUUCCUUUGAUAUUACCGCCAAGCUGCAAAUUCGCGAGCGGAAGGAACAAAGAUUCAUGACACAGACCCCCACCCUCCACACACCCACCCCCAUGUGUGACUAUGAGAGGACACCUUCAGAACAAGCAUGGAACACCAUGAACUCUCGUCAUCAUGUGUGGGACAGAAAAGGCUUUGUUUGGGAUUGCUUUUUAUCGUUUGCAUUACUUUACAAUCCUAUGACAGGGGUGUUAACAUCACUCUUCACCUGGUCCCCUUGCCACACCUCCUGCCUCCUUUUCUCCAAGAAAUCACCCGUUGACACAGACCAGAGGGAGCUAUGGAACAUACGAUUGGUCCCUCCUACUUUAGGGUGACACAAUGACACUUAUAGAGGAAAUUAUGGGACACUGAAUCUGUGCCCCUCUCUCUCAAGGUGACACAGACAGAAGGGAGGCAUACCCUAGCAAACAAUACUAAUUUUUUUCUUUGGUUAUACAUGGGUAGGGGUUCAAAUGAUUCUUCCUUUUAGUUCUUCAUGGUUUAUUCAUCAAAAGUCUCUCUAUAUAUAGUGAAUAAUUGAAAUUAUGUUUAGCCUUUUUUUAUAUUUAUAAAAAAGGAUAAAAACAGAAAUUUAAAUUAUCAUUAGCUCAAAAGCAAGGGACAAUGAUACAUCUUCAGAUACUUAAGUGCAAUGAUUUAAAAUUAGCGUAGACUUUUUUUAAGGUUAAUAUUUAAACAUGCAAAAAAAACAUUUCUAUUUUGUUUAAAAAAAAAAAGGAUAAAACAUUUUCUUUUUUUUCCAGUCCUUAAUUUCCCAAUGGACUCUAAAACAAUGGGAAUUCUGUCUGUCCUCAGACGUUAACAUUUUUGAAAAUUAUUUUCUUGCACUAAAUAUGAUUUAAAAAUUUAGUUUUUAUCUUUUCUUUACUUAGCAUCUGUUUUUUUUUCCCCAUUGCACUACAAAUAUAUUUUUUUUUAUUGCUUAAAUCCUUUUGAGAAAUUUUCAACACGUAAAGCAGCAUUUAUAUUUUCUUGAUAUCCGCAUUGUAUUUAAAAUUUUAAGGGCAAAAAAACACCUUUCCAAACUAGUUUAAAUUUACUGCUUGUAAAAUGUGACGUUAAAUGAAUCUAAGAGAAUGAAAAUUAUUAAGUUUUCAAAAUAAUCCAGACUUAUGUAAGAAAAUAAUAUCCUUUUUUAUUUUGUUACAGAACCAUAGAACCAGGUAUUAAAAUGAUUUAAGGAUCUGAUUUACAUUUAGGCACAAAUACAAAUUAAGCAUUUUUGUACAUUUCCCUUUUUUGGAAUAACACUAUAAAUGAAUUUGCCAUACAUCAGUGCAGUGUACAAGUGCUGGACCCAACCUUGAUAAGACUAUAUAUAGUCGGAUACACACUAUCUGGACUGAAACAAACAAAGCCUUUAUUGCAAGGUAACAAUUGACCUAUCAAGAGCAACCAGAAGGGAAAACAAAGCAAACAUAUAUAGUGUAACCAUAAUAAUCCCAAGCAAUGACUUUAUUUUAGCACAACUGUGCAGUGCAUCCUGGGUAUCUGAAUGAGCCUCACUACAUCUCACUAAUAUAUCUCUUGCCACUUAUAACGGUUCUUUAGCUAAAUAACUUUUGAUGUGCUAUUAGUAAAUUUAGUCGCCAAUUUACAUGGUUUGACUGUUAUAUGGUCUGUCAAUUUUUAAUUUGCUAUAUUAUUUUUUGUUAAUUGUUUGGGAUCUGGGGCUAUUACACUAUAUCUGUUUGCUUCUAGUUAGUCUAAGAAAGGAGCAUGUUGCUCUUGAAACAUAAAUGUUUUGUUAUUAGAUACUGUGCAAUAAAGGUCUUGUUUCAUAUCCAGCUUUGUUACUAAUAUCCUAUAUUGCACCCUGGCAGAUGCCUACUAUUUAUGGUGAGAGUACUAAGGAUAAGGUAAACUAUAGUGUAUAUCUACAAAGGGUUUGACAUUUCCACUAGUCCCAGAAGAGUAAGAAAUUGCAGUGGAUUAAUAAAAAGAAAUUUACUUUUCCUAUCUUUUAACAUUGAGUGGACGAGUAAGUUUUCCCCUCUGGGCUGACUAGUAUAGUGAUAUUUUUUUCAUCCAUAUAUAAAUUAUAUAUGUGUGGCGUAUAUAUGCAGGGGCGGAACUACCAUUGGUGCAGCAGGUGCAGUGGCACCAGGGCCCAACCGCUGGAGGGGGGCCCAUAUAAGCCAGCUUAUACAUAGGCAUAUGCAGAAUGUGUCCAAUCAUAAUGCAGGGAAGCUUUUUAUUAGCGUAAGUCAAAAUCAUUAUAUUGAGCAGAAUGUAUUUUAUUACUUUUGCUUUUUAUUGAGUUACCUUGCAUCAGGGCCCUCUGAUGAGUAGAUCCGCUACUGCGUAUAUAUAUAUAUAUAGUCUGAAAUCUGCAUGAUCUGUCUGCAAACAAAGACAAUGUUUCGGAAUAGGCCCUUUUACUGGACUAUGGAUUAGUUCUUGAAGGAAAGAAAAACAAUGAAAAAGAUAGCUAAAAAACCAAGAGAGCUGUUUAUAUUAAGUGGCUUGUUGCUAGUUUAUCUACACGCAAUGUAAGUCAUGUUCAGUUUUCAAGCCUUGACAGACAUGUUGUGCCGUUUAAUGCAAAUAGCAAACGCAAGCUGCUUGUAUAAAGAAUAAAACAAAAAGCUGCAGACAGAAAAUAACAGAUCAGGACCCACAAGGGUGUGUAUCAGUUUUCAACUGUAAUUCAAGCAAAAACAAUUCUAUUGUACAUAAGUUUAUGACUGCUAAGUAUUUGCAUUGUCUUCUUUACUACAAAGCUCAGAAAGCAGCUAUGGUUUAUUAAAAUUGAUGUUUUUCAAUGACUUGCUCCUGCACUAGGGUGGAAAAUAUUCUAAAAGCAAAAAGUGAACUGUGAAUAAGGUCCUAGUGUAGAAGAUGCUACAAUUGGGCGAAUCUAAAGGAUCAUACACGAUUUGUAUGCUCUGAGCGAUACAGCAUUGAUAUCCCAAUAACACGGCCAAACACAUUCUCUGAAACAUUGCAGAUUCGCUUGAAAGGGCAUAAAAAGCGUGAAACGAUUGAAUGUAUCAUUUCUAAAGGUGCCGCUGUGACUAAAACAAAUAUUCCAAACACUGAGUUGAGUGCAUUAAAAUGUUUUGUUUUGUUUUAAA